AUGGGUAAAAAUCUUACCGUUGACGAUGUUGCUCAACAUAAUACUGAAGACUCCAUCUGGAUCAUUGUCCAUGAUAAAGUUUAUGAUGUAACGAACUUUUUGAGCGAACAUCCUGGUGGAAAAAAAGUCUUACUCAAGGUCGCUGGUUCAGACGCGACAAAACAGUUUGAUAACUUUCAUUCAUUAGACGUGUUAAAAAAAUAUUCGGAUAAAUUAUAUAUUGGUGACGUUGGUUCUCCAACCGAACAAGAGAGUCAAGAGGCAGCUUCGGGCGAAGUUCCAUUUGGGGAUCUCGUGCCACACGGUGACCCAUACUGGUAUCAAGACUUCUACAGUCCGUAUUAUAAUGAAACGCACCGUCGCGUGCGUUUAGCUAUGCGCAAAUUUGUGGAGACAGAAAUAAUGCCUUAUGCUUUUGAGUGGGAUGAGGCCAAGAGAAUUCCUAAAGAACUUUUUAUUAAAGCUGGUAAAGCUGGUAUUUUGCCUGGAGUAUGUGGUGCUCCUUGGCCAAAAAAGUAUUGCGAUUUUCCUCCAAUUGGUGGUGUCAAACCAGAAGAAUUUGAUCAUUUUCAUGAAUUUAUCAUUACUGAUGAAUUGGGUCGUUGUGGAUCAGGAGGUGUUCUAUGGGGUUUAACUGGUGGUUUGGGCAUUGGUCUUCCUCCCAUUAUUAAAUUCGGAACUGAUGAACUCAAACAGAGAAUUGCACCAGAAUGUUAUGCAGGGACAAAAAAUAUUUGCCUUGCUAUUACAGAGCCUUAUGCUGGAUCUGAUGUUGCUAAUAUUAAAACAGAAGCAAAACUUACAGAUGAUGGUAAUUACUAUAUAGUUAACGGAGAGAAGAAAUGGAUCACAAAUGGUGUUUUUUCAGAUUAUUUCACCACAGCGGUUCGCACUGGAGGUCCUGGAAUGGGCGGAAUUUCUCUUCUUUUAAUUGAGAGAUCAAGACCAGGUGUUAAGACCCGUCAAAUGCAAUGUAUGGGUGUAUGGGCUUCGGGUACCGCUUAUGUCACAUUUGAGGAUGUAAAGGUUCCAAAAAGUAAUCUAAUUGGAAAGGAAAAUAGCGGAUUCAAAUGCAUUAUGCAUAACUUUAAUCAUGAACGAAUGGGGAUCGCAAUUCAAGCUAAUAGAUUUGCUCGUGUAUGUUAUGAGGAAUCUAUGAAAUAUGCUCAUAAACGCAAGACUUUCAAUCAAAAACUUAUCGAUCAUCCGGUUAUUCGUAACAAACUUGCUCAUAUGGCACGACAAAUUGAAGCUACACAUUCCUGGAUGGAAACUUUAAUUUAUCAAACAAACCACAUGAGUGGAACAGAAGCUAUGACAAGACUCGGUGGCCCAAUUGCGUUAUUAAAGGCACAAUCCACUCAAACAUUUGAAUACUGUGCUCGAGAAGCUGCUCAAAUUUUUGGUGGUUUAUCUUAUUCUCGUGGCGGUCAAGGUGAAAAAGUCGAGCGUUUAUAUCGUGAAGUACGUGCUUACGCUAUUCCUGGUGGAUCGGAAGAAAUUAUGCUCGAUUUGGGCGUUAGGCAAUCUCUGAAAGUUGCGCAGUUUUACGGUGCUAAGCUUUAG